GAGGAUCGUUUCCUCUGCGGAAUUUCCAUUUCCCUCUUUUUCUCUGAAUGAAGUUUCGAGCCAAUUUCUUGUUGGAACACAAGCUUGGAGCAGCAAAUGCAUGGAAUGGUGAAAUAUAAGUCAGCUAAUCUGUAGCAGGAAUGAAGGCGAGGAUCGUUUUAAGGAAGAUUUAUGACUACGUUCGGUAUGAUUUGAAGGAAAUUGCAUUUCCUUCGUCGUUGCCGGAUCCUCCGCAUUCAAAGAAGCGUCGAAAGCUUACAUGGCAUGAACGAUUCUUGGUGUUGAAGGAGGCUUCCAGGUUAUAUGCUGCAAGCUGGGUGCGGGACAUUGGUCCUGAACUGCGACCAAAUGACUAUAAGGUGGAAGAAAGCGAAAACAAAAAGAAUUCAGCAAAAAGUGCACCUAAGGAGAAAGAACCUUCAACACUGGAAGAUCUGGCCGUGGCUGCAAGAGGAGGAAUGGAAACAUUAAAACCAGCUUUGCAGCGGGUGUAUAUGACUAAAGCUUCUGCAUAUAGAGACGCUCUGAAAAAUUUUAUAGAUGGCUAUCAAGAAGGUAUUCAGCAAGUCAUGGAGAAAAAGGAAAUUUCUGAUUCCCAGAAGGGAAGCGAAAAAAUGAAAUAAAAAUUUCUGAUCGUAUUUAUGUUUUAUGUAAAAGCUACAGAAUUGUGACUACACUAGUUUAGAGGAUUGGGCAGUUCAGUUUCUAGUUGUAAAAAUUGGUUAAGAUUUUUUGUGUCGUUUCCGCGGUGCAAUUUGAAAUUCAUACUGUUUUAAGCACCACCUAUUUAUUCACACGAACACACACGGUCAUAAGAAAAGGGUAGCAAAUUCAACCUUUAUGUUCCCUACAGAACUAGUUGCAUGAUUUUUUUUUAAUUUUAGUAUUAUUAUUAUUUCCCCUACUAGUGUCAGUUAUUUUGGAGUUCUUAGUGACUUAAAUUGCUUACAAGAAGGCAUGGAGAUAUUAGUGUGAAGGAAGCUGUUUUUGGCUGCUAAAUGAAUAAUUCAGCAGUUCUUUUCUUGUUUCUACCUAUGUGGUCUUCCUUUGGGACUCUCAAGGCCUUUUAUCCUUCGUCCUUUUGGAAGUUGGAUUGUUGGUCCAAACUUACUCCUGGCACAUUUGAGAAAAUGUGUGAAAUUCGCAAAAGACCACAGGGACAUAACUUCUGCUCCCAUAAGGUUUGGUUUACCAUUUAUCUCAAAGUUGGAUAAUUUUUCCUAACACUUCAGGCAUGAAUUGUACAUUGCAUCUGGCCCCUGCGUUCACGUUAAUAACACUCUGGCUUUUCAAUUAUGUCUUGAGGUAUCUGCAUGGUGGAUUGAGUUUCCAGUGCAACCAUAACUCUUUAUUUUGACAAGAAAGAGUUGAACGCUGAUUUUGCAAAUUGAGAAAGAAACGUAGUGGCAGAGUUAGGUCAUAAGAUGCUGUGGAGAUGCUCAAGUACAUUUUAUUAUGGUGGGAGGGAAGGUUGAAAAUGACUGGCAUGAAGGGCCCAUUUAUAAUUGGGUUCUUGUUAUUAACAAAUGAGCUCCCAAUGUCGAGCUACAAUUUGACUUUCCCAACGAAGCCUGAAUUGUUGAAAACUAAUGAGGGUAUUCUUGAGGCGCAAAUGAUCUGAUCGAUGAAAAGAUGAAGUGGAAUGGACCGUGGACGAAUUAUCACUAGCUGUUACUAUAUGUGUACUGUACUUAGUCAGCAUAAUUGAGUUAUGCUUGCCCAACAUAUCCCUAAAGUAGAGUCUUUUCAUUCUUUGAUAAGCCAUUUCUUCAAUGCAAAUGAUAGCUUGCACACAUCUGGGGACCCCCACUAUCAAAGCCACUGAUGGAGAUUAGAAAAUCAUCAACCAGAGAGGUCAAUGGCUACCUCUUUUGUCCGAACAUUUAUGGGCCUCGCUAGCAAGAUCUCCUUAUCUUUUCAUCAUUCGCACAGGGGCAGACAUGGCAUGAAAUGAACAUCCUCUCGAUAAGCAGAGCAGAUUAGAUCACAGAUGGAUUCACAGAAAAAGAUUGAAAGGACACGACAAUUGUGAGGUAAAUGCUUAUAUAAUUGAGGUGUGAAAGAAAGGUUAGAUUUUGCUAAGACUUAUAAAAGAUAGUAGUAGGGGUAGAGGUAGGCUAGUACGAUGGGACUGCCACCGAUCCAUCCAAUCCCACCCACUCAAAUAAAGCAUUAGCCUCUCCCAUACCCUCUCCCCGUGUUCCAUUAGUCAUAAUUUGAGCCUCUCUCAAAAAUCUUGAGCCAGAAUCUCAACAGUAGUAAAGUAAAUUCCUCAUUCCUGAUCUUCAACGGCCCUAGUUUCCGAUUUGCAUGUUUGACGUCAGCCCUUGCUAGCUUUCUUCUUGGACCCCACUUCUUUUUCUCUCCACACCCAACACAUACUUAUCUGUGAUCUCUGUUCACCUUCCCCCACCUCUGACCUCGGGAACUCGGCCAGAAAAUCUGGGAUUUCCCUUUUUUUUUUUUUUUUUUCCCUCUAUUCUAUCUCCCCUUCUUUUUUAUUUGAUGGGGCGACCCUUCCCAAGCGAACUGGUGGGGGAUUUUAAUUAUGAAAGAUAAAAAAGUGGGUUUUGCGGUACAGGGACGUCACAUCCACACAUCUCUAUCCUUGAUAUUUCGUCUGCUUGACAUCUUGUGGGAAAGUGAAAUCCUGUUAGAACCACAUUUUAGGCUCCCUUAAAAUGAUCUGUUACAGACUAUAGAUAAACAAAAAGAAAAUUCUUCAGACAGGAUUUGCAGAAUUUUAGCCGAACUAAGUAGUUGUUAAGACGAAAAAGAAAAGAAAACUUAAAAAUUAGAAACUUAUAAAUAGAUGUACAAAAAGAGCAGUAAAAACUGAAUAGGUUUAAGUCCAUACAGUGUAGGCUUCUAAGAAAGGAAGGUUUUGAAUUUUUAGUGGAAGUGAUGUCUGAAGGUGAAGGCAGAGAGUGACCUUAAGUUUCAGAGGUUUGGUUUAUUUGUGCAGAGUUUAUGGUCCGAUAUUAUUUCCCCCUUGCUGUCAAUGUACGAUGUCCCCCUCACCAUCUGGAAACCUACCAUUUUCUCUUUCUUUCCCUUUUCUUUUCUUCUGUCUUACCAAUCUCCUCAUAAAAAUACAUACGUUUCUAGCAUUUUCAUA